CAGCCCAUGAAAAUGAACCCAUUGUCUUUUAUGUCCAUCUUUUACACAAAAAAGUAUAUUUAUUCCUUAAAACCGUACUUAUCUUCAGAAAGAAGAUUUUACUAGUGUUGCAUUCAAAGCCGUUUUAUUUAUUAGUAAGGUAGACAUUCAUAAUUAUGUGUUAUAAAUUACGCGUACGCACGCGAUUUGCCGGUAUGCUGUAAAUACAAUAUUUAAUCAGAAGUACAUCAGAUACUCGCACAUAACAUCAAAUUGAUGAAGAAAUAAUGUAUGAAGAGGAUGAUUACAUUGAAGAAAACACUUGGGCAUACAUCACAUUGUGUGGCGAACCAACCCUCUACGAGGGGCUUAGAUUUGCAAAAGACUUGAUAAUAGCGAACAUAAUUUUGCGCUGUAUAAUACAGUACGUGCCUAUACCACACAACGUGCGGCACAGCGUGUCCCUUGUCAUCGGAACCUUCCUGCUGUACUGUAAUGUCGGCGCCGCCUUCGUGUGGACGGUGGGCCUGGCUGCCAGCUCCUACAUUAUCAUACUGGCUCUAUCCUACUUGACAAAGAAGCAUAGAGGGGUAAUAAUCUCUGUCAUUACCAUUGGUUACCUGCUACUGUGUGAAGUAUAUGUGAUCAAUCCCAAGAUGUGGCAGCAGAUUCGAGGUAUUCAAAUGAUAGCAGCAAUGAAAAUAAUAUCAGUAGCUAUAGAUUUGGAUAGAAAUCUUUUUAAGAGUAUGAUUAAUCCUGUUGAAUUUGGCGGUUACAUGAUGUGCCCUGCCAAUUGUAUUCUUGGACCAUGGAUCUCCUUCCAUACCUACAGCACUUACCUUGAUGUAAAAUUUUUAUCAAGAAGGUGGAUAAAAUUAAUUUUAAUAAAUUUUGCACUAUCAAUGCUUUUUUUAGUUUUGUCAAACUGCAUUGUUCCCUGGUAUGUCCCAGAUAAUAUAACUAAAUGGUUGGUUGCCUAUCGAGAUGCCCAAGCUUUCAGGAUGUCACAUUAUUUUGUUUCAAGUAUGUCGGUGGUGACAAUGCUGAGUGCUGGUUUUGGCCUCACGAAUGACUGUCACUCAGAACUAACUGUCACAAGACCAUUCUUUAUUGAGCUUCCAAGAUCUCUUGUGCAAGUAGUAGUGUACUGGAAUAUGCCCAUGCAUCAAUGGUUAAAGAAUUAUGUGUUUAGGACAUGUCAACCAUUUGGGCACUUUGUGGCCCUCCUAUCAACUUAUGUGGUCUCUUCAUUGCUCCACGGUCUGAAUUUCCAAUUAGCUGCUGUCCUGCUGAGCAUUGGAACCUUUUCAUAUGUAGAAUAUAACUUUAGAUACAAGGUUGCAUCAGCAUUGGAAGUCUGCUGCUUAGCUAACCCAUGUACAAAGGCAUGCCACCACAGACACAAAAAGAACAGUUUCCUAGCUGUCAUUAUCAACACUGUAUUUUCCUUAACAACAAUAAUACACCUUGCAUAUCUUGGAGUAAUGUUUGAGGCAUCAUUCUCUGUCCAGGAGUCUGGCUACUCUUAUAAUCAUACUCUCAGUAAAUGGGAAAACCUUAAUUACUUCAGUCAUGGUUUAGUAGCAUUCACAUACAUUAUCUAUUUAAUGAUGUAA